CCCUUUCCCAAGAUGCUCUGGGGUUUCCCAGCAGGCCUGUGAAGAUGAGUGUGACUUCCUGGUUCCUGGUGAGCAGCUCGGGGACUCGGCACCGCCUCCCCAAAGAGAUGAUCUUCGUGGGCCGAGAGGACUGCGAGCUCAUGCUGCAGUCUCGCAGCGUGGACAAACAGCACGCCGUCAUCAACUACAACCCAACAACGGACGAGCAUCUAGUCAAGGACCUGGGCAGCCUCAACGGGACGUUUGUGAACGACCUGAGGAUUCCUGAUCAGACCUACAUCACCCUCAAACUGUCUGACAUCAUCCGCUUCGGAUACGAUUCUCACAUCUACGUUUUGGAGAAAAGUCAACACAAAGUCCCGGAGGAGGCUCUGAAGCAUGAGAAGUACAGCAGCCAGCUGCAGAUCAGUCUGAAGGCUUCAGAGGACCGAGCAAGAGCCGAGAAAUCUCAGAGUACCAAAAGUUCACAAGAGGCUCCAGUGUCUCGGCCCACCCCUCUGUACGGUCAGCCCUCUUGGUGGGGAGAGGAGGAUUAUGGGAGUAAAGUUCAGAGCAGCGAUGAACCUCAUGCAGAAGUCCAGAAAGACGUUUCGUCGCUUGAUCCGGACUUCUUGUCCGACUCGGGACCAAAGAGCGUCUUCCCUUCGUACCACCGCGAGCCCAGCUACUUCGAGAUCCCCACCAAAGACUUCCAGCUCCCCAAGACGCCAGGGGCGGAGCUUCACGAGAUCCCCACCAAAGACACUGACCCGCCAGCGUCCCCUCUGCCCACGCUGCCCACGCCGCCCGCUGUCCAGAGCCACGCCUCCUUCACCAUCGAGUUCGACGACUGCAUGCCCGGGAAGAUGAAGAUUAAAGACCACGUGACCAAGUUCUCCACUCGCCAGAGGAAGGCACCGCCCACUGCCACGCCCACAGACGUGAUGUCAGCACAGAGCAAGGUGGCUGAUUGGCUGGUGCACAGCGACGUGACCAUGAUGCGGAGAAGACCGACGUGCGAAGAUGUUUACAGCACCAAGAGCGACCUCGCCAUAAACACCAAAAACCUCAAAGGCCAUCACCAUGACGACGGGACCCAGAGUGACUCGGAGGACCCGGAUCUGAAAGGACGGCGGAGUAAAUCCCAGCACUCUGUGCAGUCCCAGCAGUCAGUCCAAUCAGAGUCCGAGGCAUCGCAGCCGACGGUCCGAUCGGUUCCGUCUACGGCCUGCCAGACGCAGUACCCUCCCCCUGGACCAGCGCCGGCCUCCCCCGUGGCCCCUGAGCGUCCCCUGUCCCAGAGUCCACCACAGGCAUCGUCCCCGCCCGCCGAGACUCCCAAACAGGGUCCGCCCGCGCCCGAGCACCUGACCCAGCAGGCCUUCAUCAUCGAGUUCUUCGACGACAACCCCCGCAAGAAGCGCUCGCAGUCCUUCACGCACAACCCGGCCCACGCCGACUCAUACUCGGCCCUGAAGGCCAAGCUGGAGCGCCGGAAAGGCGGCGAGCGGCCGGCAUCGGUGCACGGCCACGCUCCCGCCACCCAGCAGGUGACGGUUCCUUUGAAGGGGCCGGGCCACGCCGGCACCCAGCGGUCCAGCUCUCUGAAGAGGGAGAAGACAGACGGAGAGUCUGCCUCCACUGGUUCUUCCUCUCGCUCCUCCUCCGGAAUCAGACCCUUCGGCAGCGUCGGGAAAAAGUCCAAGCUGGCUCAGGAGUUCACUGCUGAACUCCUGAAGGAUUCUGGACGCCACGAUUGCUCCCCAACGAGGGACAACAUGUCCCCUCCGCCGAUGUCUGCGCCGCCGGUGAUGGUGUCACCUCCGCAUGCAGGGAUCCCCUCCCCCCCGGCCCCGUCCCCCCCCUCCUCACCCGUACAGCCCACAGCCAUCACAAAGUCCUCGACCCCCACCAACUCUACUGUCCACACCUCUCCGGUCCACUCCCCUACGCUGCCCCUGGCCGUCCGGGCGGGAGACCCCAAAGCUUCGCCCCUGGCCGUCCGGGCGGGAGACCCCAAAGCUUCGCCCCUGGCUAUCCGGGCAGGAGACCCCAAAGCUUCGCCCCUGGGCGUCCGGGCCGGAGACCCCAAAGCUUCGCCCCUGGGUGUCCGGGCCGGGGAUCCCAAAGCUUCGCCCCUGGGAGUGAUGAUGAGGGGCGAGGAAGAUGACAGCCUGAGUGAUGCCGGGACUUACACCAUCGAGACGGAGACACAGGACCGAGAGGUGGAGGAGGCUCGCAACAUGAUUGAUCAGGUGUUUGGUGUCCUGGACUCUCCGGAGUACAGUGGUGUGAACACCGGCGUGUAUAGACCUGUAAUAAAUGAUGGCACGGAGUCUGAGCAAGCUAACCUGCCUAGCGAUGCUAGCACUGUGGACCCGUUGCAUGGCUUUAUCCCAACUGGCCCCAUACAGGUUCCGCCGGCUCAUGCAGCCGGACUCGAAGGACCUAAAUGGGUUUCGUGUUGGGCCAGUCUGGCCGACGGCUACGCCAAACCGGGAUCCACUCCGCCGCACGGGGAAUGUCUGGAAGAUUUGCGCUUCAUGAACCGUUCGAUGGGAAACUUCAGCUACGAUAACUCGGAGCCGGAGUCCAGAACCAGGAGGCUGCUGCCCCAGGUUCCCCCUGAGAAACUGGACCCUGUUCCGCCGAGCAUCCUGAUCCGCCAGGAACCGUCCCGCGGCCGGGAACAUCUGGACCGAGUCCGCGCCUCCCCCCACCCACAGGACGGAGCCCAGCGCCUGGCGGUCCAGGAUGACGUGGACCCGGACAGCCUGAGCGACGCCAGCCGCUCAGACGACGGUUCUGUUCUGGAGAAAACAAAGAAGAAUCUAACCGGGAUCAGGUCUUUGUCUCCGGGGGCCGCCGGGCCUCAGUCCAAAGGUCCAGAAAAACUGUCUCCAUCCUCCAAAUCUUCCAAAUCCACUUGCUUCUACAUCGGUUCUGAAGACGGUCCAGGCAAACCUGACCAACCUGCCCGGAGCCCGGUACCGUCUGAGAGGACAAAACCCCCCGCUACCACCGUCCUGAUCCGACACCUGAGUGGACACGAACCCCGGAGGACAGGCGUCAAACCCAACAGCUCUGCUCCAAACCUGCGGCAGCAGGACGGGGACUCUGUCCCGGCUAGAGACGGCUGUGUGUCUCCCAUCGUGCGGCAGGAAAGCUUCACCAAAGACCGUCCCAGCGACACCGUCCAGAUGAAGAAGCUUCCCCACAUUUCCAGCCAGCCGUCCCUCAGAGACAUGGAGCAGAGACGGGACAUCCCAGACACACAGUCCUCUCUGCAGAGACGGGACGUCCCAGACACACAGUCCUCCCUGCAGAGACGGGACGUCCCAGACACGCAGUCCUUCCUGCAGGACGCCGAGGGAACUCUGUCCUCGCUGGACUCUGCAUUCCCAUCGUCCGGCUCUGGGCGCAGCUCAAAGAAAGGUGGUUCCUCCACCCACAUGGACGACUCUCUUUCAGGGGAGUCCGACGUGGACACGGCGAGCACGGUCAGCCAGGUGAGCAGUAAAAACGCUCCAGUGAGUUCUGUUUCUAAGAAGCGCCCUGCCAUUAGCGGCCUGCAGAAGGAGAAGUCCUCUUCCAGCCCGUCCAUCCCGGAGAAGGGACGGCAACUCUCUGCACGCGAACGGCUUUCUGAGAAACGCCGAAACCAGACGACUACAGAAACGUCCAGCAAGGCGGAGGCGGCAAAGCGCUUGCAGACUCGGCGCAGCACGGGGAACCGAGGGUCUCUGGAUCUGUCAGAGGGCUCCGCUCCACACUGGAACGAAACGGCAUCAUCUGACCACGAAGUGUCCCGUCCGUCUAACCGUAGCAAGAAACUCAUCGCCCCUCUUCAGAAAGAAGACAAUGGAAAGACGGCAAAGACGCCGACUCAGCAGGUUCUGACGCGUUCCAACAGCCUGUCGGCACCACGGCCGACGCGGGCGUCCAUGCUGCGCCGGGCGCGCCUGGGCGACGCUUCGGAUAACGAGGGUGCAGAGACGGACCGUGGCUCACAGAACUCGGACGCUGCGCAGCCCAGAGCAUCGACCGAGGCGAAGAAGCUGUCCCGCCUCGACAUCUUAGCCAUGCCGAGGAAGAGAACCGGAUCCUUCACGACGCCCAGUGACAGCGAGUCGGCCGCCACCGGCCGCAAUGCUUUCUCCAAUCGCAGCUCAGAGUCUGCAGCCAGCAGCAGGAAGACGUCUCUGGGCGACGGGCGCCAGGCGGCAAGCAAAGGGGGCGGAGCUCCGGGGAAACAGACACUGACCCGAACCCGGUCCAGCGGAGCCAAGUACCCCAUCACCAGUUCCCGCCGCAGACAGAAAGGCUCGGACUUCUCCUCGUCCUCGGAGGAAGAAUACGAAACCAAGCGCUCCUCCCAUCCCUCCACUUCCUGCCAGACGCCCCGCCACCGGACGCCAGCCGCCCGGUCCAAGUCUGUCUCCGUGGAGACGGAGGAGGACGAGGACCCAAGCGAGGUCGACCCUUACCAGAACUGGUCCACGCACAGCGCUGAGAUCGCCAAGCUGAGUCAGGACCUGGCCAAAGAUCUGGCCAUCCUGGCCAAGGAGAUCCACGAUGUAGCCGGGGAUGGAGACUCACCGGGCGCCAGUGUGGGCGCCGCCACCUCGCCGGGCUCGCUGCCCAACACGCCAUCCACCAUCUCUGCUAGAGAGGAGACGCCAUCUUUUCCAUCCUCGCGGGGGGUCCGCCCAUCUCAGCUGGUCCAACAUAUCCCCGAGGCCAGUUUAAACUUCCAGAAGGUUCCUCCGGGCUCUGCAGUCGUCUCGGACCUGGACGCUAACAUGAACGAGCCGGAGGCCGCUUCUAAGCAACGCCGUCCGUGGAACCGCCAAGAGGUGAUUCUGGACAACCUGAUGCUGAAUCCCGUGUCUCAGCUGUCUCAGGCCAUCCGCGAGAACACGGAGCAGCUCGCCGAAAAAAUGAAGGUUUUGUUCCAGAACAAGGCAGAGGUUUGGGAGGAGAUCGAGGCGAAGAUCAACGCUGAGAAUGAAGUCCCCAUCCUGAAAACCUCCAACAAGGAAAUCACCUCCAUUUUAAAGGAGCUGAGAAGAGUCCAGAGGCAGCUGGAAGUUAUAAACACCAUCGUGGAGCCUGGGGGUGUUCUGCAGCUGGCAGCGGUCGGGACGCCGUCCCGCGGCCAGACUCGAACGUCCUCCAGGGACAAGAAACCCGCCGUCAAACCCCGCGGCGCGCCUGCUGCCAACGCCAAUGAAAGCACCAAAAGAUCACCGCGUGGACCGGACGGGGCGCAUUACAUGGCCUGAACGGGCCACCGUAGCUUCUCUGGAGUCUGGAGACAAUGUGUGUCCACACCGCCGUCCCGUCCAACCAUCGGUAACCAUCCGUUACCAUCAGUUACCAUCACCCAGGUUACUUUCUGUAGCGCCCAGAGAGGCAGAAGUUACUUUCUGUAGCGCCCAGAGAGGCAGAAGUAACUUCUGUAGCGCCCAGAGAGGCAGAAGUAACUUCUGUAGCACCCAGAAGUUACUUCUGUAGCACCCAGAAGUUACUUCUGUAGCGCCCAGAAAAGUUACUUCUGUAGCAUCCAGAAGUUACUUCUGUAGCGCCCAGAAGUUACUUCUGUAGCGCCCAGAGAGGCAGAAGUUACUUCUGUAGCGCCCAGAAGUUACUUCUGUAGCGCCCAGAGAGGCAGAAGUUACUUCUGUAGCGCCCAGAAGUUACUUCUGUAGCAGUUACUUCUGUAGCACCCAGAGAAGUUACUUCUGUAGCGCCCAGAGAAGUUACUUCUGUAGCGCCCAGAGAAGUUACUUCUGUAGCGUCCAGAGAGGCAGAAGUUAC